AACCGUUGCCAAGGAGCGGUCUCUAGGAACCCGCUAGCGCCCCGGUGCCUCCCGGGGGUGGGGAGGUGGUUUCGUGAGGAGGAUUUGAGGUUAGCUGCCAAGAUUGAGGAUUCCUCACUCCUCUUUCUCUCUUUCCCCUCUGUAGUUUUAAGCUAUAAGAUUAAUCAUGAGUGACCAAAUCAAAUUCAUCGUGGACAGCCUCAAUAAGGAGCCUUUUAAGAAGAACUAUAAUUUAAUCACAUUUGAUUCUUUGGGACCAAUGCAACUAUUACAAGUUCUCAACGACGUCCUGGCUGAGAUAGACCCCAAGCAAGAUGUUGAUAUCAGAGAGGAGACGCCGGAGCAGACAGCCAAGCGCAUGUUGAGCCUUCUUGGUAUCCUGAAGUACAAACCUCCGGGGAAUGCCACAGACAUGAGCACCUUCCGCCAGGGUUUGGUGAUCGGGAGUAAACCUGUCAUCUACCCGGUGCUCCACUGGCUCCUCCAGCGGAGCAGUGAACUAAAGAAAAGGGCGUAUUUAGCUCGCUUCUUAAUAAAGCUGGAGGUGCCCAGCGAGUUUCUCCAAGAUGAAACCGUGGCUGACACCAACAAACAGUAUGAGGAGCUGAUGGAAGCCUUCAAAGCCCUGCAUAAAGAGUGUGAGCAGCUCAAAACAUCCGGAUUCUCCACAGCGGAGAUAAGAAGGGAUAUCAGCGCAAUGGAGGAGGAGAAAGACCAGCUCAUGAAGAGAGUUGAACGGUUGAAGAAGAGGGUGGAGACUGUCCAGAACCAUCAGCGAAUGCUUAAAAUAGCAAGACAGCUUCGGGUGGAGAAGGAGAGAGAAGAGUUCCUUGCUCAACAGAAGCAGGAACAAAAGAAUCAGCUGUUUCAUGCGGUGCAGAGACUGCAAAGAGUGCAAAACCAGCUGAAAAGUAUGCGGCACGCGGCAGCAGACGCCAAGCCUGAGAGUUUAAUGAAGAGGCUAGAGGAGGAGAUAAAAUUUAAUUCAUAUAUGGUCACUGAAAAAUUUCCAAAAGAAUUAGAAAGCAAGAAAAAGGAAUUACACUUUUUACAAAAAGUGGUUUCUGAGCCAGCUAUGGGCCACUCUGACCUUCUUGAACUUGAGUCUAAAGUCAAUGAAGUAAACACGGAGAUCAACCAGUUGAUUGAGAAGAAAAUGAUGAGAAACGAGCCAAUAGAAGGCAAGCUCUCACUGUACAGGCAACAGGCGUCCAUCAUUUCUCGUAAGAAAGAGGCCAAAGCUGAGGAGCUGCAGGAGACCAAGGAGAAGCUGGCCAGCCUCGAGAGAGAGGUCUCGGUGAAGACAAACCAGACCCGGGAAUUUGACGGCACUGAGGUUCUGAAGGGAGACGAGUUCAAGCGAUACGUCAGUAAACUUCGGAGCAAAAGCACAGUUUUCAAAAAGAAGCACCAGAUAAUAGCCGAGUUUAAGGCCGAGUUUGGCCUCUUGCAGAGGACAGAAGAACUUCUGAAGCAACGUCAGGAAACCAUUCAACAUCAACUGCGAACCAUUGAAGAGAAGAAGGGCAUCUCUGGAUACAGCUACACCCAAGAGGAGCUUGAGAGAGUGUCGGCCCUGAAGAGCGAGGUUGACGAGAUGAAAGGCCGGACCCUGGACGACAUGUCAGAGAUGGUAAAAAAACUGAAUUCCCUGGUAUCAGAAAAGAAGUCAGCUUUAGCCCCAGUUAUAAAAGAACUACGGCAAUUGCGUCAGAAAUGUCAGGAGCUAACCCAGGAGUGUGAUGAGAAGAGAACCCAGUAUGAUAGCUGUGCGGCAGGCCUUGAAAGCAACCGGUCCAAAUUAGAGCAGGAAGUACGAGGACUCCGUGAAGAAUGUCUUCAAGAAGAAAGUAAAUACCAUUAUACAAACUGCAUGAUUAAGAACCUAGAAGUUCAGCUUCGCCGAGCCACUGAUGAGAUGAAGGCGUACGUCUCUUCUGAUCAACAAGAAAAGAGGAAAGCAAUUAGGCAAGUGAUUUGGGAACAGUAUACCAAAAACAUUACUGAACAAGAAAAACUGGGUAAGGGUAAGAAUUACUUUUGUAAUAAACUUCGGGAAAAACAAAAGGCUGUACGAGAAAGUCACGGUCCCAACAUGAAGCAAGCGAAGAUGUGGCGGGAUCUUGAACAACUGAUGGAAUGCAAAAAACAGUGCUUUCUGAAGCAGCAGAGCCCAGCCUCCAUCGGCCAGGUAAUUCAGGAGGGCGGAGAGGACCGGCUGGUUCUCUGAGGCCUGUGUCGGCAGGGCUUAAGUCACAUCUGCGUAGUGACUUCCUUCUCGGAAGUGACUUAUUCAUCCUUUGCUUUCAGACUAGCUGCCCCUUCUAAGGUUGUCUUGGAGAU